CGACGGGCUGGAGAGUACUAGAAGUAGAUGGGAGGUGAGAGAAGAGAAAAAGGGGCGCUCAGAGUUCGCGAGGGCGGAGGGAGCGAAGGCGAGCAGCUGCGAACCUGCGGUGCAACUCCGGGACGGGGUGCCGGGUGCAUGGGCCGGGGACCAGAGGGGAGGGACCUGGCAGAUGGAAGCUAGCUUUGGGGGGGCGUAACCGAAAAGUGGUCCGAAGUGUCCGCCCGGGCGGUGUGAGAAGUGCUAGAGUGCGUGCAAGGAGUGUUGUGGGCGUCCGGAGUCGAGGGCUUCACUGGGAGCCAGAACCGGUGGGCGCUGGACGCCUGCUCAGUGAGGGGGAGGGGCAUGGAAGAGAGCCGGGUGGAGCCAUGUGUUACUUCUCCUGCUUGAGUUUGGCCCCAGCGUCUCUCUCUAUGGCUCUCGAGUUCCUUUCUUCACCACUUCACGUGCGCUUUCACAUUAUGCUUCUUCCAGGAGAUGAUUUGAACUCAGCCCGUUGGAAUAAGUUAGUUUAACGGCUUUUACUUCGGUGCAAACAUACCUCUGUUACCGAUUUUCUACAUUCCUCUCGGGGUAGCCCCGAAGUUGAAUGUUCCCAUAUCUCUGACUUGCUUAACAUGGCUGUCUCUUUCCAGUUAUUCUGUGCGUGUGUGCUUAUGUACAGGAGUUGGGCAGUUUGCAUCCUACUUCUUGCCUCCUCCGAAGGUGUUUUGCCCUGAGCAUUCCCAGCCAACGUGGCAGUGGAGUGCUUACAAUCAAGUAUGCUGUGUUAAAUACCCCACUUUCUGAACAGCGCCGAAGCAGUUUCUUAAUAGCAGCUUGAUGUGGUGGGUGUGGGGAAACUAGGGUGGAGCAAAUUUAACCUUGCUUUCACACUUAAGGCUGUGAUGGGACCCACAAUUGCAGGCCCUUUGGAACGGAAAGGGAACCUACUUGCAUGAGGAGGUUGGCAGUAAGUUAAAAGUGAAGUUUGCGUUUGAUUCACACCAGAUGUGAAAGGAUCAUUGCACACUUCCUAAGUCUAAGUUUGUACCAAAUGUACAGAAGCUAUGGUCCCUGCCAUCCUACUGUGACAGUCCCUACACCAGUCUCUUGUGCUUUCUGCAGAUGACUAAGCUUGGACAUUGCAUAUCCUCUUCCUGAAGGUAUUCUGUUACAGGAGUCUUGCUAGAUAGGAAUGGGAUUCAUCGGGUCUUUGAGGUAGAAAGCCAAGUCUAUUUGGACCUCACUGUAUGUGCUAGUAUCACAUUCUGGAACGCAGAACUUGAUCAAAUCUGGUAGCAAGAUGGUGACCAAGUAGUCAAAGUAUGUGUAGAAUCUGGUGGUAUAGAAGAAGGCAAUGCCCAGACAAACUCGUGCCUAUCGUCAACUAUAAAGCAAACCACAAGACUACAAACCUGUUGGUUUUGUUUGGGCUUCCUUGAAACCCAGGGAAGCUAGAGCAGCAAGCACCAGAACCUUCAUCACUCUCGGGAGAAAUUGACAGAAGCCUUGCCCGUGCAGUAGUUAGAAAUUGUUUAGCCAUCAUUUUAAGAGCAGUUGUUUUGUGAUCCCUACAGAGCUAGCAUUAGAAGGGAGAACAGUGUGUGUGUGUGUGUGGGGGGGGGCUGUGCAAAGGGGAUGAACAUAGGCUAGCAAGCUUGGGUUUCAUUACAUGGCCAACUCCUUUUGCAGGGUCAGGGUCUCUAAAGGUACUGAUGAAAACAGGAGAGCAGAGGUCUCUGUAACUUCAGGUGACUUAGAGAGAUUGAAUGGGUUCCUGCAUUAUGUAUUUGGUUGGCCCAUUGUUUCUUCACUUGUUAAUAUCCCAGACGUAUUAAAGAGACAUUUGCCUAUGAGGUGGGAUUAUUGUUAUGUUUUCAGUAGGAAUGGAGGGGGAGAGUUGAAAUAGUAGCUUGAACCUCUUGGUCUUCUUUGUGGCUAAGCAUUAAAGGGAGGUGGGGGGCGUACCUGGGCUUUGACUUGGGACCUCACUCUAUCUAUUCCUUCUGUGCUUUGGGAAGUGUGCAGGAGUGUUUUCCCCUAGGCCAUUAGGGCAUGUGACAGGGACUUUUUUUUUUUCUUUUCUCUCACAGACCCUGAAAAGAAUGAUGUUUGUAAUUUGGGUUUUAAACACAGGCUCUCCCACUUGCGAGCUGGUGUAUGCUCUUGAGGAAGCUUCUGGACUCCCUUUCUUUUCCUGUGGGCAACAGUAUCUGUGUCAUAAGAAUUAAGUGAGCUCAUGAAAAGCUUAGAAGGGCGCCCGGCACAGGAAAGGGGCUGGAAAAAGUGUGUCUCUGCUGAGCUACUGUAAGUGUGCUGUUGGGGAGAGCCCACUGCCUUUUCAGGCUUCAAAGAGCAAACCCAGACUGCUCUGAAACCAGUGCUGCAGGUUUCAGAAUUUCAGGGCCUCUCGAGUUUUGAUUCUGUCAUCUUGUAGAACAAGCGCUCUAAAUGAGGCUCAGGAACACAACUGUUUAAAAAGGCUGCGAGCCGGGGGACUGGGUUUCAGGAGCAAUUAAGUGCCGUCACUGUUUCUGUUUCCCAUCCCAAAAGAUGUAACACUCUGCCCGUGCAGUUAUCUUGCACCACACACCCUGCUGUGUUCUUGACAAGAUAGAUUAGGCCUCGUUUAAAGGGUUACGGUGCAAAGAGCGGGUUUACCUUCUGUGACCGUUCAUCCAGAAGGGAUGUCUUCAUAAAGCGAGGAAUGGCUUCGUUUUUUUUUUUUUUUUUUUAUGAGCUGGAGCUGGGACAGCUGAGAGAAAAAUGAGGGCCAACUCUAAGAAAACCAUGAGCCACUGCCAGCUGAAUGUGAAGUAGAGCCGUGAGCCAUUUGCUGUCCCAGCCCAGAGCAGAAGGAAUCAAAAACCAAGGUUAAGUGCAGUGGAUCCUGACAGAGUCCAAGCUAGCGAAGUGUACCAAGCCAGCACCCUAUGUGCCCUCUGCUCCUGAGUAAGCUUGGUGGUUACCGCAGCUCACCCAGUCAUGUGACCAGGCCUUCUGCUGUGGCCAGCCACAGCCAGCGUUCCAUGUUCGGUGGCCCCAGAAAAGUCGGUGUGUAGGCCUCAGCCACCCCAGGUCCGGCGUACGUUCUCCCUGGACACCAUCCUCAGUUCCUACCUUCUGGGCCAGUGGCCACGAGAUGCCGAUGGGGCCUUCACCUGCUGUACCAAUGACAAGGCCACCCAGACACCCCUGUCCUGGCAAGAACCAGAAGGUGAGCGGGCCAGCUUCUGCAUGCACAAGCGGUCAGCAUCGUGGGGCAGCACAGACCACCGAAAAGAGAUCACCAAGUUGAAGCAGCAGCUGCAGAGGACAAAACUGAGCCGCAGUGGGAAGGAGAAGGAGCGGAGCUGCCCUGUCCAAGGGGACCAUGCUGCGCUGGGAGCAGGGAGGGCAUCCCUUCCCAGCCACCCCCCAGGACCCCCCGUCCUGCGACUCAGCCCUUGUCUGCACAGAAGCCUAGAAGGGCUCAACCAGGAGCUGGAAGAGGUGUUUGUGAAGGAGCAGGGUGAAGAGGAGCUGCUGAGGAUACUUGAGGUCCCUGAUGGGCACCGUGCCCCAGCUCCUCCACAGAAUAGCAGCUGUGACCAUUCCCUCCUUUUGGAGCCAGGCAACCUGACCAGCUCUCCCUCCGUGCCACUGGCAUCCCCCCAGCCUCCCAGCCAGGCCAGCCGUGAGGAGCACCAGGGUGCCACCGAGGAACUAGCAUCCAUCCACGGUAACAAAGCCUCCUCUCCAGGCAACCCAGCCUUCCUAGAAGAUGGCAGUCCGUCUCCAGUCCUUGCCUUUGCUGCUUCCCCUCGGCCCAAUCACAGCUACGUCUUCAAACGGGAGCCCCCAGAAGGCUGUGAGAGAGUGCGUGUGUUUGAGGAGGCCACGUCCCCAGGUCCUGACUUGGCCUUCUUGACUUCCUGUCCUGACAAGAACAAAGUCCAUUUCAACCCGACUGGCUCCGCCUUCUGCCCUGUCAGCUUGAUCAAGCCCCUCUUCCCCAGUAUGGGCUUCAUCUUCCGUAACUGCCCCUCCAGCCCUGGCUCCCCUCUUCCCACUGCCAGCCCCAGGGCACCUCGGAAGGGUCCAGAAGCUUCCAAGGCCUCCUCGCUGCCAUCUGAGCCAUGGCAGCGCAGCCCACCAUCGGAAGAGUCUGUGCUUUUCCAGAGCUCCUUGGUAGUCUGAGUCCCCCAGGCCCCUACCACACUUUACCAUGGAGACUAGUGCCUUGGUGGCAAGCUCUUUGUUAGCUUCCCAAGCUGGGGGAUGGAGGAGCCCUUCCUUCCCUCUUGGCCUUUGAGCACUUUCCUUUAUUGUGUCAAAGCCCCAGGUCCUUUGGUGGACAUCAGCCCUCCACAGGGAGGAGACUUACCUCCUCCACCAGCAGCAGGCAGCUCACAACUUACACUUGUGUACCUGCGGUUUCCCUCACCUGCCAGAAGGUCUUGAAUCUUCUAGCCCAGGGUGUGAGUCCAGAUGACUUAUAAGAGGCUCUUGUCAUGGAACAGUUGGCUGUGGCUAAGAGAGGGGAGGUGCCACAGGCUUCCUGACAGCUCCACUCUAGAGACACAGAAAGGCAGACCAGAUGCCUCCCUCCUAGAGGAGUUGACCAGAGUGGCCCUCAGGGCCAGAACACUUGACCAAUCAGCUGUUGGCAGGGGACCAUGAGAUUUCCCAAGUGGCAUUUUCAUCUCAGUUUUACCCUGACUAAAGAUUGUCUUAGGGGAAUCCCAACCCAAAGUGAAUAGUGGGAAGAGGGGUCUGGCAUUCCUUCAGGGGGCAUGCAGCAGCCCCGUACUCGCCACCUGCCCCAGGGGGCAUGAGCAGCUCCAUGCCCUCUACCCACCCCAAGGUUGGGUUGAAUUAGAAAAAUGCCUAUUUUUCUUGUAUCGAUGUAGAAACUCUAUUUUCUCCCAAAGACACUAUUUUUGCAGCUAUUUGAAGUUUGUAUAUUUUCCGUAUUGCAGAGCUUACACAAAAUUGAAGAAUGUUAAUGUUCAAGGUUUCAUAUCUUGUGUUUAGAGGUUAUUGUGGUUUUUGUUUGUUUAUUUUUUGCAGAUCUUGAUUUUAAUAGACCAAAUAAAUAUGUAUUCCAGCA